AUGGCGCAAAACUUACUAAAAUGCCAAUUCUGUAAGAAACCGUCCAACGUUAAAUGGAGGUGUAAUACUUGCGACGUAUUUUUCUGUGAUCUAUGCUGGAUAAAUAUUCAUUCCGUUCUUAAAAAUUCUCAUGAACAUGAUGUAACUGAUUAUAAAGAUAUUGACACAGAAUGCAGUGAUAAAGUGAAUCUGAAAAUCAUCCCAUGUUCUACGCAUCCUGAACUUAGCUGUUUAGUUUAUUGUCGAAACUGUGACAAAUCCCUCUGCCCUUCUUGCUUGAUUAAUCCGUCCAACCAAGAAGAACUGAAAAGGAUUUACGAUUUGAGGCGUGAAAGUCUUAGAGAGUUGAGGCAACAGAUGGAUAAGGUGUUGCCAUUCUUUGAAGAGAAGGCUGCUGAGUUCAAAAUCCUUGAAUUUAAUACGCUUUCACAGUACAAUAAAGUUAAUGAAAAAAUAUCCGAAAGGCAAAGUGAACUGACACAAGAAGCUGAAGAACUUUUCCGGAAAUUAGACAGCUUAUGGGAUCCAAAAAAUAAUUCACUUACACAAGAGAAAGAAAGGAUAACGGACAUAGAAAAUGAUUUGAAACAAAGAACGAUUGAAAUUGACACUGCAUUAGAGGCGUCAUCGCCCUCUAGUAUUUUUACAGUAUUUGAAAAGAUCAACAAAGAAUUGCCAGCUCAAACUACAGCAAUCAAAAAACUUCCUGAGCUAAUUUUCUUUGAAUCAAGAUCAAGUGAUUCUAAUUUCGGAUCCAUUAUUCAAGUACCUGAAUUGAAGUUGGUCAACACAUUCACUAUUGCCUUACCAGAUAUUUCGGCAAUUGUUACUCUAAAUACUGAAACAAGCGUCCUUUACAGUGCCACGACAAAUUGUUUUCAGCAUUUUACUUUUUCUAAUUCCGGAAUAGUGAAAUCUUUAGAUUAUUACAGUAAAGUUAAAACAAAUUGUUCAAAGCGAUAUUUCGAUUCACCAACUCGAGUAGUAGAUAUGACAGAGUACCGUGGAAACAUUCUAAUUUCUGAUGAAUGGCUUGGCGAUGAAAUAAUGCACUUUUGUCAUAGUGUCAGUCAAACAAAAUUCACAUCCAUCAGUAAAUUACUACCUUGUGGUGUUCAUACAACAAAAGAUUCCAUUCUCGUGGGAUACUGCCACGAUCAUGAUUUCCCUACAAACUCAUCUGGAAUCAUAACAUUUAAUUUAAUGGGGGCAGAACGCAGAAGAUUUCAAUGUAAUUCAAGUAUGGAUGACAAAAGCUUGUUUACUUUUCCAGCGAAAAUUACAACAAAUGUAAACAAUGACAUUUGCAUCAUUGAUUACAAAUCUUUAUAUGCCAAAAAUACAGGAAAAUUUAAUGGUGUGAAACAUACAUAUGAACCAAGGUAUGGAAGAGUGGUAACCGUAGGAGAAUGGGGGCAACCAAAGUGGACAUACAAUGGAGAUUCAAGGGUCAACGGUGACAAUAAAUUCACACCCUAUGACAUUGUUACAACGAUGCAUGGUCUUAUCCUUAUUGCCGACAGAGAUUCUUCUGCUAUUCAUAUACUGUCGAAGGAUGGACAAUUUAUCAAUUACUUUUGUCAUGAACUAAUUGUGCAACCUGCUAGUUUAAAUAUUGAUAAGUCGGGAAGAUUAUUGAUUGGUUGUUCGUGUGAAGGAGAUGGGAUCAAGCCUAAAGAUGAUGAAAGUAAAACUUCUUAUCUUCAUGUCGCUGAGUUUGUUGAUGGAUAUAUGUAA